CGGACAGCCAGCGCGGGACUUUUCAAUUUUCUUCCGCCCAAUCGGGAAAAGACUGUGCCUAUAAAGACUGCUGAGCCGGGCGGGCACCAGGUUACUGUCCCUGCCGCUGCGCCGGAGAAUUUGUGCCUCUUCGCUAUGGCCCGGACGAAGCAGACUGCCCGCAAAUCGACCGGUGGCAAGGCCCCGCGGAAACAGUUGGCCACCAAGGCGGCCCGCAAGAGCGCACCGGCCACCGGCGGCGUCAAGAAGCCGCACCGCUACCGGCCGGGCACCGUGGCCCUGCGCGAGAUCCGGCGCUACCAGAAGUCCACCGAGCUGCUGAUCCGCAAGCUGCCGUUCCAGCGGUUGGUGCGCGAGAUCGCGCAGGACUUCAAGACAGACCUGCGUUUCCAAAGCUCGGCGGUAAUGGCGCUGCAGGAGGCGAGCGAGGCCUACCUGGUGGGCUUGUUCGAGGACACCAACCUUUGUGCCAUCCACGCCAAGCGCGUGACCAUCAUGCCCAAGGACAUCCAGCUGGCCCGCCGCAUCCGCGGGGAGCGGGCUUAAGUACGCGCUGGCUAGGCUCCGGGUUCCAUCGCAUCCAAAGGCUCUUUUCAGAGCCACCCACAGCAGCACUCAGAAGGAGCCGCACCGCUUGCCCUCCGCCCUCUCCCGGGGGCGGUCUGGUAUUCCCGCGCGAGGGGAGUGGGGAGGGCAGGAUGUCAGGCCGUGGGAAGGCGUUACUUUAGCUUUGCAAAGAAGGUCGCAGAGCGGGCGGAGAGUCCAGCGGGCUUGCCGCUCGCCUGGUCAUCGGGGACACGCGGUUCAGCUCUUGGUGCGGCUCCCCACCGCCCUGUCGCAGCCACAGCCGCAGCCCUGCUCUGUCCGUUUUACGCGACUCGCCCCUCCCCGGGAACCCUCUACGCUAUCGGUAGCCACCCGGAAUGAUGGCAAG